AUGGCAGGAUCCAUCCCAAAUCCAAACUUGGCAGGAGCACCCAAGUUCUGGAAAAAGAAAGAUGCAAAAUUUAAGAUCAGAUUCUUCCCCUGUGGUUUCAGUUCAGCACUGUUCCAGCCAUUCAUAUUUGGCAGAGUCAGAGCCCCAAAUGCACUGACCUAUGAUGAUGUGCAUGUGAGCUUCACUCGAGAAGAAUGGAUUUUGCUGAAUCCUUCUCAGAAGAAUCUCUACAAAGAUGUGAUGGUGGAGACCUACAGGAACCUCACUGCUAUAGGCUACAAUUGGGAAGAUCAUAAUAUUGAAGAACAUUGUCAAAGUUCUAGAAGACAUGCAAGGCAUAAAAGAAGUCAUGAUAUAGAGAAACCCUUUGACUAUACUAAGUGUGGAAAAACCUUUGCAUGUCACAGUUAUCCUCAAAGGGAUGAAAGAAUUCAUACUGGAAAGAAACCCUGUGGAAGUAUUCAAUAUGGUGAAUCCUUGGCACAUCAUAGUAGUUUUCAAAUACAUGAAAGAACACAUACUAGCAAGAAGCUCUACAAACGUAACCAAUGCGAUGAAGCCUUGUCAAAUCAGAGUAAUCUCAGAAGACAUAAAAGAACACUUUCUGAAGAAAAGCCCUACAAGUGUAAUCAGUGUGAUAAAGCCUAUUUAUUGGACAGUCAUCUCCGAAUACAUAAAAGAACACAUACUAAAGAGAAACCAUUUGAAUGUAAUCAAUGUGAUAAAGUCUUUGUAAGUCACAGUAGUCUCCAACGUCAUAAAAGAACACAUACUGGAGAGAAACCCUACAAGUGUAAUCAGUGUGAUAAAGCCUAUUCACAAAACAUUCAUCUUCAGAUACAUAAAAGAACACAUACUGGAGAGAAACCUUAUGAAUGUAAACAAUGUGAUAAAGUCUUUGCCCGCUAUAGUAGUCUUGAAAGUCAUAAAAGAGCACAUACUGGAGAGAAACCCUACAAGUGUGAUCAGUGUGAUAAAGCCUAUUCACAAGACAUUAAUCUUCAAAUACACAAAAGAACACAUACUGGAGAGAAACCUUAUGAAUGUAAUCAAUGUGGUAAUGGCUUUGCAUGUUAUAGUAGUCUUCACAGGCAUAAAAAAACACAUACAGGAGAGAAACCCUUCGAAUGUAAUCAAUGUGGUAAAGCCUUUGCAUGUCAAAGUGGUCUUCGAAUACAUAUAAGACUUCAUACUGGAGAGAAACCCUACAAGUGUAAUCAAUGUGAUAAAGCAUAUUACAAACAAAGUCAUCUCCAAAAACAUAAAAGAACUCAGCGCAGUCACAAUCACCAUGGGCUGCGCACUGGCACUGGCUAUGGUGAGGAGGACUGGAGAUGCUCGCCGCUUCUAUGCACAGGGUUGGAGAUCGCUGCUGCGUGUCCUGCUGUUGGGCCCUGCUGUUACAUCUGUUGCUGCUUCCGCGUGCAUCACAGGGAUUCAAUCACAGCUGCUUCCUCAGCCGCAGCAUCUACACCAUCUGACCUCCACCACCUGCUGACUGCUGUAGGACUCAGGACUUCCACCACUCCAGCAGGCCUCCCCAUCGCCAUGAUGCCCUGCUUACAGCUGCCUGCCCCGGAGAGCGGGAAGAAUUUGAGGAAAGAUGGACAUAGGAUGAAAAGGGGAAAGUGA